GCGAGAGGUAGGAGGCCAUGACGGGAUGGUUCCCAUGGUGCCGGAGCGGCGGUCUGUGGCCUGCCUUUCGCAGGUCCUUGGCGGGGAGCGCCACGCGGUGUCCCUGGAGCACUUGGCUGGCCUUUGUGAUCGCGAGACGGUGGCAGAGGCUUUACGCCCCCACCUGCAGCGUCUGCAAGAGGCUGAAGCGGCUGAGAUUCCAAGGCUUUGGGCCUCCUUGGAGCACGCGGCCUUGGUUCUCUCAGAGCUGACCGGCGAGGAGACUUCGGCUCUGGCGCUCAGUGCGGCCGACCGCGAGCGCGCCCCUGGCGCUUCGAGCGAGUCGCGAGCUUCGAGCUGGGAGAGGGACGCCACGGCCACGCUGGACGCCCUCGCCAAAGGCGCGCCCGCUGCAGCCUGGGCCUCCCGGCUGGCGUACUGUGUCCAAGUGGAGGCCCAUGGCGGUUCCAAGUCGGCGUCUGCCUGUGCGCAGAGAUGGCUGCAACGAAGCCUCCCUGUCCUGCCCUGGAUUUUAGCCUGGCUGAUGGUGCCAGUCAACCUGGCGGCGCUGCGGCAGGUGCGAGGGGCACUGGAGUUCUGCGAGGAUGCCCAGGCUCUUUCGCAGCUCCGAGAUGUCUUUGUCACCGCUUGCACGCUUUUGCUGCGGGCCGCCUGGUUCCAGACGGCGCCGGGGUAUAGUCAUGCCGUUGCGUGGUUGACCUCUGUUCUCGUGGCUGCACAUGAGGCGUGCCAGAUACUCUUGCCCGAAAUCCCAGCUGGGGCUGUGGCAGCAGCCAUUGCUGUGUCUGGCCCUUGGAGCACUGAGAUUCAAAGUCCACCCUGGGAAGCAGUACUUGGCGAACCUGCCUUUGCGCUGCACAUCUGUGCCCUGCCCGGCCUAUCUUCGGAGCCCACCUGUGCACCUGCUCCAGACGAGCUGUCCGAUGCCGUUGCACGGGCGGUACAUCAGGAGGUGACUCGGGUGACGGAGUCGGACAGACUCCCAGGCGAAGGUUGGCCUGGAAAGAUUGCGCCCCUCUUGCUUCUUUUUCGGCUAUUGCCAGAUGCAGGAGGAUCGCCUCUACUGGCACAAGCGAGGCUGAUGGCUCUGCGAGCUCUGAGAUCAUCAAGUCAGGCAGUCACGGAGAACCAGCUCUUUGACUUCCUGCAAGAUGAGUGCGGUCAUGGCCACACAGUGCUGAGGCACCUGGCCGAAGUGCUUCGCGCGCGUGACAGCGCAGCCAGAGGAGUGUUUAGGGUGACAUUGAUCAGCGCGGCUGCUGCUGCUGGCCUGGGCUUGCAAGCCUGUGAGUCACCUAACUCACUCUGUGACUUCAUCCGCAGCGAGCAAGAUGGCUGGGCGGAGGCAUACCUUGCCCAAUACCCCCACCGCAGACUGGUCUGGCAGCCCCUGGGAGAGGCUGAGAUCUUGUGGCGCCAUGCGAAGGGCGAGACGCUGCUCGUCCUCUCAGAGCCCCAGGCGCACGCCCUGCUCUCCGUCGCACGCCUCGAGCUGCCGGAGCUGCCGGAGCUGCCGCUGGCGGAGCCCUGGGCGGCGCUGGCAGGGCCUCUGGGGCCGCUGGAGCUGGACGUCGACGCGCGCGCAGUGCGGCUCCGCACGGCCUGCGAUGCCCCGCGCCUGGAUCUGACCACACUCCCGGAGAUGGUUCGCGCCAAGGAGCCAGAGAGGUCCCGAGAGGUUCAUGCACCAAUCGUCGAUGCCGCCUUGGUGCGAAUACUCAAGCGCUUCCACGUGCUGACUGUUGAAGAGGUGCUGGUCAAACUGGCAACAUAUCCUGACUGCCUUGAGAUGCCUGGGCUGACCUCACCGGCCUUCGCGCUCGCACGUGCCGCCGCAGAGGACGGCGAAGCGCUGGGCCGCUUGCGGUCCUUGUGCGAGCGUGGCUUGCUUCGAGCAGAGGGUGAUCUGGAUUCGCAAAGCCGUCUCUUCUACGAGAACUAGGUCGCAUGCGGCUGGGCCUUCGACAAGUGAGAUCGCGGUGCAGGACGUCCUGAAGCCGAAGCGGAUCCAGGGCUGAGCGGCCGACGAGCAGACCCAAGAUGGACCGCAAGUGUCACUCAG